CUUUUUCCUUUUUUUUCCUGAUUUUUUUUUUUGGAAACUGGGGCUUCCUAUAAAUGGCACGCUUCCUGAGUUUCAGAUCGGCCACGCGGUUCUCGUUUUCCCUCUAAAAACCUCUCUUAGAAAAAGCUCAUUUGAAGCUAAUUCUCUGUAUCACUCAGCUUGAAUUAGGGUCUUGAAGCUCGAGAUCUCUGUGAUUCAGAUAUACUUUUUGAAGCAAGCUAUUCUAAGCUUCAUGGGCUCUGUUGUGGCAGAAGCGCCAACUUCAUCCGUAACUGAUAAGGUGGAAAAUGGAAGCCAAUUAGAUGAGAAGAAGGUCACAGUUGUUUUUGUUUUGGGCGGUCCAGGUAGCGGCAAGGGAACUCAAUGUGCAAACAUUGUCGAACACUUUGGGUUUACCCACCUCAGCGCUGGUGACCUCCUCCGAGCGGAAAUUAAAUCAGGGUCCGAGAAUGGCACCAUGAUACAAAACAUGAUAAAGGAAGGAAAGAUCGUUCCCUCAGAGGUUACGGUAAAGCUUCUUCAACGAGCGAUGCAGGAAAAUGAAAAUGACAAGUUUCUCAUCGAUGGAUUCCCUCGAAAUGAAGAGAACCGUGCUGCCUUUGAGAAUGUUACAAAAAUUGAGCCUGCCUUUGUAUUGUUCUUCAAUUGCUCAGAAGAAGAGAUGGAGAAGCGGCUUCUAAAUAGAAACCAGGGGCGGGACGAUGACAACAUAGAGACCAUAAGGAAACGGUUCAAAGUUUUCAUUGAGUCGAGCCUACCUGUAAUUGAGUAUUACCAAGCAAAAGGCAAGGUUCACGAGAUUGAUGCAGGGAGGCCUAGAGAGGAGGUUUUCGAGACCAUCAAAAACAUUUUUGCAACUUUUGCCAAAGAAAGCAGUGAAACAGGCAAAUAUGUUGACAACUGUGUCAAUGUUAUGACGGAAGUCCAUAUCGAUUAAGUUGUUUUGCAGGGCCUCCUUUUUGUUCCAAUAGCCAUUAUAUUGAAGCAUUAGGAAGUAAAAAUAUGAGAUCUGUAAUACUAAUUUUUUGGAAAGUGGGGUCUGUAAUAAUAUAUGAGAUCUGUAGUACUAUGAGAGAUAAGGAAGUGAUUCCAUGUCCUUAACCUUUAAUGGAUAGUAUAUGCUUGAUUUAUUUGGUAAAAGCAUUUUUGUAGCAUGUUUCUUGACAGUUUAUAUAUUAUGAAAGUUUUUUUAUUC